CCCCGGAUUCCCACGAUAGAAUUUGGAUUCGGGUUGUGUCUAUACAAAUCCGACCCGUUCAAAGUAGUUCUCGCGAUAACUCAGCCGAGAAGCAAAGAAGCUCAAGCUCCACAGAGAGAGAGAGAGAGAGAGAGAGAGAUGGCGAGAGGGAAUGGGGGAGACGUCGUUGGGGUGUUUUUCAUGGCGACGCUGGUUCUCUGGGCAGUCUCCGUGGCGUACGAGAUCGUCUUCAACAAAAGGAGAGAGCUUGUCGCCAUUGUUGUUGGCUUUGGGUUCUACCAAGCUGCAAACUGGGCCAUUCGCUUCUUUGUCUCCAGAGAUCCUCUCUUUGUCAAUACCUCUGUUUCCUUGCUUCACUCUACGAUUACCUCUGUGUCUGUUGUUCCUGUUCUGGUUAAUCAAUUAGUGAUCAGGGGUCUUGACAACACAUUUGUACAUGUGCAAUUGGUCAAUGGCACCUGGCUAGGUGCGUAUUCAGCUUUGUGUGUUUCCUGUGGUUACUUUGCUUAUGACCAAUGGGACAUGCUCCGUUAUCGGCUAUAUACUGGUUGGAUUCCUUCAAUCCUUUUGCAUCAUCUGAUACUGCUGGUCUGUUUCACACUCGCUUUAUACCGGAAAGUUGCCAUCAACUAUCUUAUUCUUACUCUAGUUUGUGAGCUUCAUUCCAUCUUUCUUCAUGUAAGAAAAGUACGGCGAAUGGCUGGGCUUCGUGAUGCCAAGAGUCGAGUAGUAAGAGUGGAAUGGAUGCUUAACUGGGCAAUGUUCAUUUUAGCAAGGGUUGUCUGCCACAUCUUGAUUACAUACAAGCUCAUUGUCGAUGCCCCUAAGUUUGAGAAAGGGAUCGUACUCCCACUGGCUCUCUUUGGCAUGGCAGGAAUGAAUCUGCUCAAUGUUUUUCUCGGCCUAGAUCUCUUCAAAGCAUUCAAGCGAGAGAGGAACCAGCAGCCACAUCGGGACUGAAUGUUUUUCUUCUUUUGAUUGGUAUAAACAGUGAGAAACAUGAGAUCAGAGAUAUACUGUUAUGGAGCCCCUCCUUACGACCAUACAUUCUGCCAACAGAAAGGUCAGUUGUGUUCUGCUAAUUUGUUUCCUGAGUAUACCAAGAAGAUAUGGAGCUUCAUGUCAUGAAUCCAAUUGAAAAUUAUUUCUGCAUUUUGAUAUACUGGAGCUUGACAUUUUUAUAUAGUGAAGCUUGUCACUUAAUUGAAAAUGUAAAGUGUGGCAUUUAUAUAUAUGAUUUUCUGCUUAUCAAUGGAACAGUUUACACA